UUUGUUGCUUUUAUAUACUUGAAAGACAAAUUGGCUCUCUCCUUGCACCAGAUCGAGCUUGGAUCCUAACAGAAUAAUCAUGACCACGGAUUUAUCAUUAGUUUAAAAACUCUUCUGAGAAAUAAGUGUGAACAUUUGUACAAUUAUGUUCCAGUCUAAUGAAUCCGAAAGAAAACGCGAAGAUCGGAUUCAUUUUAAAAGUACAAAGACAAACAGUCAGCUCCAAUUUACUUUUCUGAUGUCUGAGAAAACUGAAAAAUACACUUGUGAAAAUUAGUAAUCGAUUUAACUGUUAUUUAUAAAUAUUUAAAAUGAUUUUAAAAAGUUCAUCGCUUUGACGAUGUUGAAACCGUCACUUUACGACAUUCAGUCGAGGUGGGUGCGUCUCACUACUGGCAGUCUCGUUGCGCAUGCGCACAGUCCCAUGUAUUGAAUGGCAGCGGUUUAAAACAACGAGCACACAUUCCCAGGAAUGUUUUGGUGUCGAUCGAGGAAGUGUUUGCGGAUUUACCAACUUUCUUGACCAUGGAUUAUUGACUUUGUGGGUUAUGUGUGUGAAUUAGGCACGAGAUACGCCGUUCUGAUGUCUGGAAGAGUCCCUAUUCAUGCGCACCUGUGUGAGGGGUUCAGUUUGCUCCCCCUCCGCUGUAGGGUGCGGGUGAAGUGUGUCGCUAGCCCCGCCGUAUUAUCUCCGAAAAGAUUUCAAGAGAGGAAGUUAUUUCGCGUUGAAGUGAAAAUGUGAAUGUAAAAAAUGAGCACGAUGAUUCGAAAUAAACCGCUACCACCGCUCAAGGGUCCACCCCCAAAACCCAAACGUGAACCUCGACACUGGAGUCAACAAAUUCAAGAGACAGUUUCUUCGGCCAUCCACGAGGAAAGUUUGAGCCUCACUCUUAGGGGCGGCGCAGAUAGUGGGCAGUUUGUUAUUCUGGGAAGCAUAGACCACGAAAAAAUUUCUUAUCAUGGAGAGAAAUUAUACACAGACGACAUUUUACUGGAGGUGCAGGGCCAAAAGGUGUCGGGAUAUACUCUGCGAGACGCAACUGUGUGGAUUAAACAAGUCAGCCAAAAUGGGGCUCCGGUGAUGAUUAAAACAGUACGCCCAGACUUUCUAACAAAGGACCUGAGACAGUACUUGGCUACACGUUUUCCCAAAGGCUCAGUGGAUCAUGAUCUCCAGCAAACCAUUCGAGAUAAUUUGUACAUGCGUACUGUUCCAUGUACAACUAGGCCUCCAAGACCAGGGGAGGUUAAUGGUGUGGAUUAUAACUUUCUGAGCUUAGAAGAGUUUGCUGUUCUUGAAAAGAGCGGUGAACUCUUAGAGAGUGGGAUAUUUGAUGGUAAUCAUUAUGGUACUCCAAAACCUCCAAAAGAACCAACUUUGCCAUUGGUGCGACGUUCCAAUUCUAUAGGGUUACCUGGUGGUCAGUCUAAAGUUGGGACAGAAGGGCACCAAAGAAAAAGGAGUCGCAGUGGUUCAGAAAUGGUUCCAGAAGUCUUUGAAGAUGAGUAUGUGCAACCAUUCACACGUAAAAAGUCACUGGAGCGUGCCCACAGUUCUUCCAAUCUGGGGCCAUUGCCGGCAAACUGGGAGAUGGCCUUCACAGAGGAUGGUCAUCCAUACUUCAUCGAUCAUAACAAUGAAACCACUCAUUGGCUAGACCCCCGCUUGGUACACCUGCAGAAGCAAGGUGCACAAGAUUGCAGUGAUGAUGAAUUGCCUUUUGGCUGGGAAAAAGUGGAAGAUCCUCACUAUGGGACAUACUACAUCGACCAUGUGAAUCGACGCACACAGUAUGAGAACCCACUUCCUCAGCCCAAGAAAAAUGGAGUUGAAGACCUGAAUGGCACCAGCACCUACCCUCUGCCCAACAGACCCUUGCCGGAGAUGUCCACAAAGCGCUCCAUCAGUGACUCCAGUAUGAGUGGCAAAGUUGCUGCCACCAAAGCAGGCGAGGCGAGGAAGCCGUUCUUUACCAAGAAGCCGGGUGAGCUGCAAGGGGAGUUGAUCAAGACGACGCUGGUCAAGAGCCUGCGGGGCUUCGGCUUCACCAUCAUCGGCGGCGACCGCGCGGACGAAGAGUUCCUUCAGAUCAAAAACGUCGUGCCCAACGGCCCCGCCUUCCUCAACGGCAAGCUCAGGACAGGUGAUGUCAUCGUGUUCGUCAACGGAACGUGCGUGCUGGGCUACACGCACCAGGACGUUGUCAGCCUCUUCCAGAACAUCUCUCCUAGCGAGACAGUCACCUUGGAGAUUUGCCGCGGCUACCCCUUACCGUUUGACCCUGAUGACCCCAACACAGAGAUCGUCACCACGGUGGCCGAUCUGCCCCAGGACGGCCCCGUGACCGAGACCGGCCCAGCCUACAUCAGUCAGGGCCCUAGCAUGGAGUUCCUCAACACAUCUAGCCGCAGCUUGAAGUCGCUACCAGAUUUGACUCGCUCUGCCAACAUCAACUCCAACACAUCGUCACAAAACAGUGUGGCCGGGGAACACAAGAUGAUGGGGCAUGGAAAUGGGCCACCAGACUUGGUCAGCCACCCGGGCGCCCCCAGCAAAGCAGAAGAGCUGCACAUCAGUAUCGUCCGGGGACCAAUGGGCUUUGGUUUUACUAUUGCUGACAGUCCUUAUGGACAGAAGGUAAAACAGAUUCUGGACCGUCCUCGAUGUCAGACGCUGGCAGAAGGUGACCUUCUGCAUAAGAUCAAUGGCAUUGAUGUACGGAACAUGACACAUGCACAGAUAGUGCAGGUCCUUAAGGAUUGUCCUAUUGGUGCAGAGACACAGAUCAUUGUUCAGCGUGGAGGUUUACCAGUUCAUUCAAAAAAGAAAAUGAAAAGUUCCCAGAGUUUUGAGGACCGACCCCAGUUGGAGAAUGAGGUGAACCAGCUCAACACACCAGGGGCAUACUUUUUCAUGGGCUCAGACAAUGAUGCACAUAACAACAGCAGCAACAACAACAACAACGAGCCAAGCUUGCCAGAAAAACUGGAUGAUAGUUCGGGCAGUAGUAGCGAGCCAGAGCCCCCUUUGCCUCCACCCCCACCUGAGCUUGCAGCAGACGACAUUGGCGAUAAGACAGAUAAAGAUCCAGUCCUGCCACCUGCUCCAGAUGCAGAUGAGAUAGAUGGUGUAAAACCACAUGGAAAAAUUGUGAACAGUGAGAUGCGUCCAAAGACCCCAACCUUCUCGGGGAUGGAAUCUCGACCAAAGACACCAUUGCAGAAUCGCCCAAAGACACCAACAUCGCAGGGGUAUGGAAUGAAUUCUGAUGCACGAGGCAAGCCAUCCUAUGGAAACCGGUCUGCCUAUGACAUAUAUGAGUCCAGGUCACCAGAGGAAAACCAUGUGACUAAGUUUUCAGAAGGAGUUUCCAAUGAACGUGGACAUCAAGAAAAUGAAUAUGAGAAUUCUCACGUUGGCACAAGUAACAACAUCGAAAGCUUAUAUGAAAGGGCACGACCUCCAACAGGCCCUCGGAUGGAUCCCUUCCGCCAGAAUGAUAUUCGAUUGGAAUCUCGGAACAGACCAGAAUAUCGUGAUGGACAUGGGUAUGGCAGGCAGAAUGAGGGGGAUGGAUAUGGUUACGGGUAUGCACGUGAUGUAAAACCAGGUCAGUUCCGAAGUCGGACACCAGGUCCAGAGAUAAUGGCUCGUGGGGGGCCCGGGCCUGACUACAGGACGGAGGCACAUCGACCAAAGACACCCACAGCACAGGACAUGCGUAGCAAAACCCCAAUGCCAACAUCACAUACGUAUGGUGCCAAUGACUUACGGCUAGUGGACGGUACACACCCAAUCCCAACAUGGAGUAUGGGCGGUAUGGGCGACCGGACUACAACCGUGGUUGGCCUGAUUUCAGCUCCACCAGUUGGUCGCCGGUACGAUUCAUUUGAAAACCCAUCUUUGAACCGUAGUUAUGGUGGAGAGCUGGCACGUACCAUGGGUGUGACCCCAGCCCCAGCCUUUGGACAGAACUCACCCCGGGGUGCUGGUCACCCUGUCCGCCAGAGCACUUCCUUUGAGACCCAAGAUCCAACACCCAGCAACCUCACUCGCAUGCCUCGACGGCCUGCACUGGGGAUGACGGGAGCAAGCUACCCUCUUCCCCCUGCGGGGUCUGCUGGUCAGUCGCCGCGCAGUCAGAGUCGUGGCCCCAUUGACCAGGAGGCAGGUGGAGGCACUUUGGAAUUCACUGUGCAGCUGCACCGUCAGGAGUCUGGAUAUGGCUUUCGGAUCAUUGGAGGCACAGAGGAAGGCUCACAGGUGUCUGUUGGACACAUUGUACCUGGUGGCUCGGCAGAUCUGGAUGGACGUUUGCGAAAAGGAGAUGAAAUAAUCCAUGUGGAUGGUCAGUCGGUGCUGAACUCCUCUCACCACCGUGUUGUACAACUAAUGACUAAUGCUGCUUUAAAUGGCCAUGUGACACUUGGCAUUCGUCGCCGACUUAAUGCCUACCAUGAUGUUACGAGUAGCAGCCAAGGAGCUCAGUACCCAUACGAUGUUACUGUAACUCGACGAGAGACAGAAGGGUUUGGUUUUGUAAUUAUUUCUUCUGUGACGAAGUUGGGCACCACGCUAGGUGAGUUCAUAGAUGGAAAUGACCAAAAGGUUCGGGUGAAAGAAAAGGGUCACGGGUGCCCAUGGAUUGGCCGAAUUCUGGAAAACAGCCCAGCAGAACGAUGUGGUCGACUACAUGUGGGUGAUCGCAUCAUGGCUGUUAAUGGGAUGGACAUUACCCACAUGCAUCAUGAGGACAUUGUUAAUCUCAUCAAGGAGUCCGGGUUAUCUGUCGUCCUGACCAUAGGCCCUCCACCAGAUGAUACUUCCAGUACUGCCAGCCCUUCACAGCGAAGUUCACAAGGUUCCAUGGUCAAUGCCUUGGCUUACCCAGCAGGGGGAGAGCAAGAUGGUCCACGCAAGCCUGAUCUCUCGCCAAGUCAUGCAGGCUGGGAGAGAGUGAACUUAGGGGGUACAGUAGAAAGGCCACGUGACUUCAACAGGACACGAUUUCCCAACCAGCAGGGUCCAGAGGAAGGAGAGAUGUACUCUGUUGACCUCCAUAGAGGUUCAAGAGGCUUUGGGUUUUCCAUUCGUGGCGGACGAGAGUUUAACAACAUGCCCUUGUUUGUCUUGCGCAUUGCUGAGGGAGGAGCCGCAGACUUGGAUGGGAGGCUGAAGGUUGGAGAUCAGAUUCUUGAGAUCAACAACCGCUCAACAGACUCCAUGACACACACAGAAGCCAUCGACAUUAUCCAGAGUGGCGGAAACUUUGUGCGACUUCUUAUGAAGCGCACUGGCAAACCUCCACCGACUUUUGAGGGCACACCAUCUCCUGUGGGUCGUUAUCCGCCACCUCUGUCUAAUGGCCCUAUUGGACACAGUUCACCGCACCUUGGCCGGCGACAGAUAGACCGCGAAGACUACUUCCAUAGCUACCCUCAUGGCCGAACUUUUCAUAAUUACUGACAGGAGAAUGCCAACAACCCAUCUCACGCCAGCUGGGGUAAUGCUGCAAGCAAGCUAACCACAAACUGGCAGACAAACUUUUCAUGUCUGUGAGCUUUGCUGUGCUGCGCCUGGGCAAAUUUUGUGGAGGAUUUGCAAAUAUUUUUGUACGGGGUCAAGACUGUUGCCAUGUUCCAGGAAAUAUCAGGAAAGACCCCAUGUUAGUGCUUCUGCUCACUGUGUAAAAUGGAAAUGUUUGCAUGCAAGUGUCAGAGCUGGCCUCUGGAGGGAAGGAGCAUGAAGAGGACCGGCACUGCCCACGGCAUCCUCAGUGAAUCUCAAUCAAAACUGGCUGGUGAUUGCAGCCAUAUCAACAAAGUCCUGGUGACCUUCACAGCACUGCAGAGAAGCUUCUUGUGGAAAUUUCUAGAGUUGCAAGUGUUGCGAUGAUGGGUCCAAAAGGAACUAGUUUAGUAUUUUAAAAAAAAAAACAAAUACCAGAGGCAGCUGUAGGGCAUCACAAAAAAUUUUUGAUACCAAAUAGCCAAAAUAAUUACCAAUAGCUCAGCAAGGUUCUUCUCUGUGUUACAUGCAGCUGAAAGAAGCCGUGCCAGCCUGCAUACAUGAUUCUCAUCAUGAUGUGCAUUUGGGGGGAAAAAAAACAAAAUCAAAAAUCCAUCCCUUCAUCUUCUUGUGUCGAAGGACAGAUAUAUGGGCAAUACACCAGUGCUUCCUUUUCAUGUGGUUUACCGAACUUUAAACGCUUUUAUGGCAUCUGACUUGCCAUGCCUCUUCUCCACCAGGAAGAGAUGGUUCCAUGCAAUUUGGAUUUUGUCUUAUUUUCAUCACUUUGCUAUCAUAACCAUCAGUUCAUUUUCUGUCCAAACUAUAUAUUUUUCUGUUUUGAUCAUCAGACAAGCUUUGGAGCUGUUUUUCCAGUGAACUGCACAGACAUUUAAGAGCUCCUCCCUACCUGGAACUUUUCUGUUUCCAUGCAUCCAGAAUAUCACUCAUAUCUUGUUAGAAUUUAAAGUUAUUACCGUUGGGGAUUUUUCUUCAUUGAUUCAAAGUAUGCGCUUCUAGUUGUGUAGACCUUAUUUUGAAAUACAGUAUACACAGUUUUAUAUAUAAUCAGUAGUUCCCAGUGAGUUAUUUUGCAUGAAGCCACUGGUGCGGCUGAUGUCUGUGAUGUGAGUUUGAGUGGUCUUGUUGGUACACUGCCGUCCUUAAAUGGCUUCAGAUGUGUGAGAUAUUGCCAGAACAAUAGCGUCAUCUUUUAUUACAUACAGUUUGUGCAUUUGGCCUCUUAUGGGAGUUGUUCUUUUAUUCAGGUGUGCUAUUGGGGCAUAUUUGUGGAGGUGUAGGUUGUGCAACUGUUCAAAUCAGCAUCAUCAAAAAAACAGAAUUGGUUGGCUAAAUCGUCUAGCCUUGGACACUAUAAGAAACAGAACAAUAGGGGGAAUUUUAUUUUUUUUAUCUUUGUGAACUUUUGUGAUGGAUCAAACCUUUCUUGUCAUUCAUGUACAGUUUUACAACAACUGUUUUAACUUCAUAAAAAAAUACUUAAGCUUCACAAAAGAACUCAGCAUUUUUUUCUUAUCCCACGGAUGCGUAUAAACAGUUACUGGAAAAAAAUCUUCACUGUUAUUUGUGCCAUGCCUCAUGCUGGAAGAUUAAGCAAAGACUUAUUUUUUUAACAAUCAUGUAUAGUGUACAGAAGAUGGUGGCUCACCUGCCUAGUACAGUGAACGUGUGGCUACCAGAUGAAGUAACCCUACUAAAGCAUACUUGUGCUGGUCCUUUGACGUGAAUUGGUAUGUGUGCUGAAAAAAGGGCCUGUGAAGAUGAAUUGUGUUCAUCCGUUUUGUAUUCAUUGGUGUAGGUCACAGGAUGCAUUACUUUGAGAAUGUUUGUCAUCAUCACCACCCAACAUUUAACUAGUGUUGAAGGGGGAUGUGAUUAACAUCAGUUGUCUACCAGCUGUUCACCAGCAUGAUGUUAAGUUUUAAUCUUGAAGAAUGUUUAUGCAUCAUUUUUCCUGCUUUAUUUGACAAGGAUCAUCUGUGUUACCAUAUCCAUUUUAACAUUUGUUACCAUUUCUAGCAUGCGAUGUCAGUGGCUUAGCAACCAGAUGAGGAUGAGAAAUAAAUUAUAUAAAUCUCCUUUAGAGCAAUAACUUUACGCUUGUCCUAUCGCCCUAUCAUCACAUGGUCCAAACAUGAUAGGGUGGGUGGGGAAGAUGGUUAUAUCUGAGAUGAAGUUUUGCCUUAACUAAUUUUAGUAACUUUUAAGGAAAUAUAAGAGUUAUUAAGCAGGCAUUAGAAUUCCUGUGAAGCAGAAGCUGUUUGUGAAUGCUGUGUUGUAGCUGGUAUGUGGUGUCAGCAUGGUAACGAAUCCCACCUAAAAAUAUCACACAAGUGCAUUAUUUGCAACAUGCCAAGCACAUCUUUUACACACCAGGACAAUCUGCAAUACUCGUUUUUAAAGGUUUUAAUGUUCACAGUGUGUGUGUUACAUGUGUGGACUGCAGAAUCAUGUUAUCGCUUCUAUUCUCUUCUUGCUGAGUGGGGAAGGGCUGUGAAGGGACACUCAGAGUCUGGAACAGAGUGUUAACUCCAGGUAUUCUGGAUUAUUGCAUCCACUGUGGACAGUGGCUUUGAUUUCAUGCUGGAGAGCCAGGGCUAGAGUGUUGAUGUACUUUGGUGUGCUGAUCUCGUGAAUGAGUUGUAGGCUGACAAAAAUUAGCUUCGUUAGGUAUGCAUGUGCUGCAUUGUGUGUUUAUGUGUAUUAUCAAGAACAAACUACGUACUAAGGACACUUGCAUUCACAGACUGAAAAAAACCAUUGUCACAUCUCAAGACGAUGCAGUGACUAGUUUUCCAUGUCUUUUGGGGGAAUUUUCCCCACUUGUGUGAUUUUUUAAUCAGACAACUCAUCUGAUAUCAGACCACAGCGGUCAACCACAAAGAUGGAGGGGAUUGAAAGCCUGUACAUCUUAUUUAAGGGUUAACGGUUUGGUUCAGAAGGCUUCUUUUACGAUCCUGGGGUGAAAAAUCCUAGAGCUGUUUUUUUGGCUGUUUAGACUUCCUAUUGAAGGGUGUGAAUGCAGUUAUGCAGGCAAGAAUUAAAUGCAACUCGUGAUGUCAAUACUAGGCAACCAGACAUGUUUGAUGUCUGUCUGCCCUUCAUGAUCAGAUGUGUUUUACUUGUAUUCUACCUCUUGUACAAUUUUGCAAAUCUUUGUAGCCAGAAAUGAUUUCUUUGUUACCCAUAUUUGGUUGAACUUGAUGCAACAGGGUUGUAGUGGUAGAUGGCCAUGGUAGAGUGUGGUCAGUUCACCAAGCAGCUAUGCAUUUGUACAAGAUUUUCUGCAUGCUUGGACAACAAGAUCAGUGCUUUUUCACAUGGGCUCUUAAAAACUCAUUGCAGUAACUGAGCAGUUUUAAAAUUCAUUAAAUCAAAGCUACUUAAGAUAAACUCAGACCAUUAUUUUAAUUUAUUAAAUUUUGCAUUCAAUCAUUAAUUCAUGCAAAAUUCAUUCAAAAUCAUCUUUUUUUUCUUUUUUGCUUCUUUUCUGAAAAUUUAUAUAUAGAACAUAUCCCUGGCGAUCUCGGAGUUCAGCAUGUUUAGUUUUGCCCAUGCUUGCUAUUAAAAAAAAGAUGCAGGUACUAAUGUUAGAAGAAAAAAAAGAGAAAUUUUCUUAUCUUGAUAUGAAAGCACAGCUGUGCUGCAUAUGUAGCAUGCAUUUUGUAGCAUUGGAAGAUGAGAGAAUGUGUAAAAGUGCGCGAGCAUGAUCCAGUGGUUGUGGGCUGCUGUCUGAAGUACUGAGAAGAAAACGUACAGUGAUGAAAUAAAGUAUACAGAAGACUAGA